GGCUAUGGCGAGUCAGGAGGGCGACGAAAGAGACUGGCAGGAUACUUGAAAGCUGCAAGAGAGAUGGGUCAGAACUAUUUGGGAGGUGAGGGAGAACGGGACAAUCACGAUAUGGUGGAGGAUGGUCCAGGAGCUUUCCCCGAUGCUGCAGUCAUUCGCAGUGGCAAUGAGGAGAUGAUACUGUUCCCCAGCUACGCCAGGAGGCAUGUGAAAAGUAAGCAACCCCCCGCGACUCCCGGGCAAGAAAUCACCGAAGAGGAAUACUGGCGGCGUGAAUGGUCAAAGCAGGAAGACUUGAAUGCUGUGGUCGAUGUGGACGUGCGUGGCUGGAUCUACACUCCGCACAGAGGCCAGAACACGAGAAAACAGCGACUAGUAAUCGGGCUUGCAAGACAACUCUCUGGCCUGCCCUCGAGCGCCGCUCCGAGUCGCAAUUCCAGUCCGUCCAAAGAAUCCCGUGUCACGCAGCAGGAGCAAGAGCUUAUUGCUCUAGAGGCCGACAACAUUGUCCGCAAGGGUCAGCAGGAGGAACGUUAUGCCGAUAGAGGCCAAUUCUCUGAAAAUCCCGGCCGGUUCCUCGACGCCGACAGUACGUCUCUCAGUGAUUCACUUGACCGCGGCCGCCAACGUUCGUCCUAUGCCAGCACGAUCUCCUCUCAAGAUUCCGACAUAGGCAGCAUUACACCUGUUCAAAGUCGGAACUCAUGGCAGCAGCCCGGCAAAAUGACCUCUUCAGAGCUCGCCGUAGCCAACAUGCAUCUCAUCAACCGGUUGAAACCAUUCAUGGCGAACCCCCUGGCCAACACGCCCAUCAGCGCAUUCUUCUACAAUGAAUCGGCUUCGAGACAACAGACUGUAUACACGGAUUCUUCGGGACACUUUUCAGUUCGCGCUGCGCUGGAUUUUGUGCCAACGCAUGUGCGCGUGUUGGCGGGGGAAAAGCUGUCUGCGACGGAAGAAGUAAUUGUCACAGCACCACAUGGCGUGAGUCUGAUCAGCGACAUUGAUGACACCAUCAAGCAUUCGGCUAUCAGCUCUGGUGCGCGAGAGAUAUUCCGGAAUGCUUUCGUGCGGGAGCUGGGAGAUUUGACGAUUGAAGGCGUCCGGGAAUGGUACACGACCCUACACGAAAUGGGCGUGAAGUUGCACUACGUCUCAAAUUCGCCAUGGCAGAUGUAUCCGGUCCUGACCAGCUACUUUAAGCUGGCAAACCUCCCACAAGGCUCGUUCCAUCUGAAGCAAUACAGUGGCAUGCUGCAGGGGAUUUUCGAGCCUGUCGCAGAGCGCAAGAAGUCUUCUUUGGACAAGCUAAUGCGAGACUUUCCUGACAGAAAGUUCAUUCUCGUUGGCGACAGUGGAGAGGCAGAUCUCGAGAUUUAUACAGAAACGGCUUUGGAGUGGCCGGGUCAAGUAAUUGGCAUCUUCAUUCGUGAUGUCACUACCUCUGUCCGAACAGGAUUCUUCGAUCCAAGCUCAAGUCCAGGAAGUGGAAGUUCGCGGCCGGCGCUUCCGUCUCGGCCGUCUCAGAGCUCGGUUGCGCCAGAGGAAGAUUUGAUCGACUUUUCCGAACCCUCGACGGACGUUUCUUCAUCUCACGCGCACGUGCAGACAUCGACGCAGACCAAGGAGCGGACUCAGACAAAGGAAGAGCCACGUCUCGCUCUCUCGCCACCUCCACCUCCGAAACCAUCCGCCCUUCGUAGUCCGCCAUCAUCGAGCUCCAUUCGUAGUCAGCAUACAGACGGGUCCAUGAAACCACCGCCUCCGAUUCCCAGAAAGCCUUCCAGCGCAGUCAAGACACCGACUAUGCAGACACACCACCCCUCUCCUCUCUCGCAGGUGACGAGGCAGGAGUCGACGAGGAAGAUUCCCCCGCCGCUACCAGACCGACCACCACGAACAUAUCGAGAGCUAGCUAAGGACACCAUCGCCAAAGCACGGCCGAUGGUAGGUAGCUACUGGCAACAAGACGGCGCUCCGAGUCAGCCCAGGCCUCGUUCAGUCUAUCACAACAGAGGCAAUAGCCAGCCUGGCUCACCAUUGGCGCGACCGACAACGUGGGGAAAGUCAAUGGAAGAUCUCAGCAUUCCAGACGCCUAUCUCGGUGCGUCAAAGGUACCACCUCCGCCCCCUUCGCGGCGUAACUUGUCCUCGAUGCCGCGCCAGCAGGCGGCGAACCGCAUGUCCGGAAGUGGUUGGGACGACAGCGACUCAGCCGCAAGUACACCAGGAGAAGGAGUGAGCAAGAAGGAAUUCUUGUGGAAACAACGCUGGGACCGCGCGAGGAACGUGCUGGAGCGAAACGGCAUUACGGCACGUACUUGGAGAACAGGACAGGACGUGGCGGAUGUAUGUGUGAAAUUGGUCGAGCUGGAAUUACGCAGAAUU